GGCAACGGCGGCCAGUCGGCCGCCUCCUCGCUGGGGAUUAACCAGACGCACAUGUUCGUCAACAGGGUGCACUGCGCGGCCGACGGCGCCGUGCGUGUCUAUGUGGCCUUCUCCAACAUGUCAGAUUAUUCCAGGUAUUACUUCAUGGUCACCGAGAAGGCGAUUGUGGCAGAGGGCUUCUGGGAUCAGAAUUCGAACAGGCUAUGCCUCAAAGGAUGCCAUGUGGUAAACUCAGGAUCAUCCCGUGCGGAAUUGACUGUCAGUGAGUGCGGGAUUGGGAUGACCUUCUGGUUCCCGGGAGUGUGGUCGAUCCAGGAACGUAGCUUUUCUGCAGGGUUGGUCUGGAACACCAGCCUGAAAAGCGACCAGGGCAUUGCCGGAUAUUCAACUGCGGUUAGGGGUAACUUUGGGGGUUUGAAGUACAACUACACCAAGGUUGAGGAGGCAACCAAGUAUUACAAGCAGUAUGGCCUGAACAAGAAGAGGAAGGGCAAGUUCCCAGAUAGAAAUUCGUAUCUAGACUUGGCGUUCCGGUUCAACUUGCAGAAACGGGGUGGUUCUGGGUACGCAUCGCCGAUCACAAUUGGGACCAUGUUGUCUGAUGGGAGCUCUUUUGUGCUCUCAAACCUUUCCACUCGCCCUGCAGUGCUGGAGACGAAGCAGAGACUCCUUAAUGUCAGCUACAAUAUCCGAUAUGUUGGGCAUUGGUCACUAGCAACAUUUCAACCGCAACAGAUCUCGGCGGAAGGUGUUUAUGACACCGAGACAGGCUCCUUGUGCCUGAUCGCAUGUCGACGGGUUAAUGUCUCCUCCUCAGACUGUAAGAUUUUGAUAACUGCUCACUUUGCUAGUCUGGACGCGAAAGCAGCAAAACAUGUCCAGGGGAAAAUUAUAAGCUUGAGGGGCAAGACCGACCCUCUUUUCUUUGAAACGCUGGACAUUGACUCAUAUGGGAUGUACAUAGGCCAAGUGGAAGAAUCAAUAUGGAGAAUGGACUUGGAAAGCACCAUGGCCCUCAUCUCAAUGACUCUGUCGUGUGCCUUCAUUGCUGUGCAGCUGUUCCAUGUCAAGAAGGUCCCUGAAGCGCUCCCUGCUAUGUCAAUCACUAUGCUUGUUGUGCUCGCUCUGGGUUACAUGACCCCUCUCGUGCUCAACUUUGAGGCUCUUUUCAAGCACAGCAACAAACAGACUGUUCCCUUCUCCGGUGGUGGUUGGCUUGAGGUGAAUGAGGUCAUGGUGCGAAUCAUCACAAUGGCGACGUUUCUGCUGCAGCUGCGCCUUCUUCAGUUGGCAUGGUCUGCACGGUCUUCUGUGGAUGGAAGCAAACACGAGGCAUGGGCUGCAGAGAGGAAAGUGCUCUGGGUGUGCUUGCCGCUGUACAUCAUAGGUGGAGUUAUAACAGCGAUUGUCCACAUGAGAACCAACCACAGCAGAAGGAUGUUGAGGCAAGUUGCUCGCCUCAUGCCGUCACGACAUACAUUCUGGGAGGACAUUGUCCCUUACGGGGGCUUAUUGCUCGAUGGGUUCCUGCUCCCCCAGGUCAUCCUGAAUGUGUUCUCAGCCUCUAAAGUCAGAGCGCUUUCCCCAGUGUUUUACAUCGGGGGCACCAUGCUGCGUGCGCUGCCUCAUGCAUACGAUGCAUACAGGACCCAUCACUUUGUGCGCAGCAUGAGGCCAUCCUACAUCUACGCGAGCUCUCGCGACGACCUCUUCAGCCUCGCGUGGGACAUCGUCAUACCUUGUGGGGUGGUCCUGCUGGCCACGCUUCUCUUCUUUCAGCAGUGGCUUGGGGGCGCCUUCUUCGUCUGCUCCAAGAGACGGAAGCCAUCGAACGAAUACGAAAUGGUUUCCACGGUCAGCUCUUAGCAAGUUCCUACAGCUUUGUUCAUCGCAAGAUAAGUGGAAGUAGAGGAGGGGUUUACAUAUAGUCUGAGAGAUAGUUUUUUCUGUUUCCUGAUGGAUGAACAUUUACCCCAAAUUGGCGCUUGUUUGCGGCGAAAACUUAUACAUGCAUGUAUACAAAAGAAGGAAACCAGAUCAGGCAAGGUUCGGUUCUUGAUUCACAGUUCCUUUUCCUAUGCUAUCCUUUGGUUUAUGGUUGACGUUCCCUGUUGUUCUGGUAUUCAGUCAGGGCUAGCUAUUAGCCCAGGUAGAUUUAUGUCUGAAUUCGUUGGAAUUAAUCUGCAUCCGCUCUUUAUGUGA